CAGGGUCGGUGGUCCCGGGUGGCUUAUAGUUUUCAAGUCGGGGGCCUGGGGAUGCUUGACACCCUCCUUUGGGCACAGCCAGCCCAGAAACACUCCCAAAGCCUCCCCGCCCAGUCUGAGGAGGUCACCACGGGCUCCUUCCAGACCACGAGACUCUCCAGAAGAGCGCCAAGCUCUGGGGUCCUCCAUCACUGUGGAUGCAAGGGAUUGGGGCGAAGGACACGGCGUCCUCUUCCUGCAACAAGUUUCUUCGGGAUGUUUUGAUUUCCUGGGAGCUGUGGAGGAGUGGAAACGGAAAAUGCCUUCAGUUUGUGAGGGUCCCACAAAAGGAGACUUGGCUGGAGUGAAAGAAGGAAAGCAGCGAAAAUCCUAUUUUUCCUGGAAUGUAGGGUUAGGAGAAAACCAGGGGCGUGGUGGGACAGGUGGAAGGAGCUCCCUGCCACGUCCUUGCAGGGAUGUUCGCCGGAGCCAGGGGGCCACGUGGAGACUUGUGUGAACUGGAAGCAUCCAGCGCUUUUCAGGCCUGGAGGAAACAGUUGGUACCAUGUGGAAGGCUCCUGUUUUGCUGGCCCUCUUGAUGCUCAGCCCUGGUAGUGAUGGCCUGUUUCGCUCAAUAUAUGGGAAAGCCCAUGUUUUCAAACCACCUAAAGGAAACGUAGGAGAGCCAUUAUUUCUAACUCCUUACAUCGAAGCUGGGAAAUUUGCAGAAGGAAGACGGUUGAGUUUGGUGGCUCCUUUCCCAGGAUGGAAUUUGAUGAGUUAUUCUGGCUACAUCACUGUGAAUAAGACUUACAACAGCAACCUUUUCUUCUGGUUCUUUCCAGCUAAGAUAGAUCCAUGGAAUGCUCCAGUCGUCCUCUGGCUGCAGGGUGGGCCGGGAGGCUCGUCCAUGUUCGGCCUCUUUGUGGAACACGGACCUUAUGUUGUCAGAAGAAACAUGACCGUGCUUGCCAGAGACUUUCCCUGGACCACUACCUUCUCCAUGCUCUACAUUGAUAAUCCAGUGGGCACAGGCUUCAGUUUUACCGACCAUCCCCAGGGAUAUGCAGUCGAUGAGGAUGAUGUGGCUCGAGAUUUAUACAGUGCACUAAUUCAGUUUUUCCUGCUGUUUUCUGACUAUAAAGAGAAUGACUUUUAUGCCACUGGAGAGUCUUACGCCGGGAAGUACGUGCCCGCCCUCGCUCACUACAUCCACGCGCUCAACCCCGCGGUGACCCUGAAGAUCAACCUGAAGGGCAUCGCUCUCGGAGACGCAUAUUUUGAUCCCGAUGUCAGCUUACGAUGGCAGCCUAGGCUGGCAGGGAGCACGAGUGUCAUAGGGGGCUACGCGCCAUUCCUGUUCCACAUCGGCUUGUUGGACGAGAAGCAGAGAAAGUACUUCCAGAAGCAGUGCGACGUGUGCGUGAAAUACAUCCAGGAGGAGAAGUGGUCUCAAGCCUUUGAAUUACUGGAUAAACUACUAGAUGGUGGCUUAACAAGAGAGCCUUCUUACUUCCAGAAUGUUACAGGAUGUCCUAAUUACUACAACCUUUUACAGUGCACGGAACCUGAGGACCAGAGCUACUAUGGGAAAUUUUUGUCCCUCCCACAAGUGAGACAAGCCAUCCAUGUGGGAAACCGGACUUUUAGUGAUGGAUCCAAAGUUGAAAAGUACUUGCGAGAAGAUACAGUCAAGUCUGUGAAACCGUGGUUGACUGAAAUCAUGAAUAAUUAUAAGGUUCUAAUCUACAAUGGCCAAUUGGACAUCAUCUUGGCAGCUUCCCUGACCGAGCGCUCCUUGAUGGCCAUGAACUGGAAAGGAUCCCAGGAUUAUAAAAACGCAGAAAGAAAAGUUUGGAAGAUCUUUAAAUCUGAUCGUGAAGUGGCUGGUUACGUACGACAAGUGGAUGCCUUCUGCCAGGUGAUUGUUCGGGGUGGAGGACACAUUUUACCCUAUGACCAGCCUUUGCGAUCUUUUGACAUGAUUAAUCGAUUCGUUUUUGAAAGAGGAUGGGAUCCUUAUUGAUGGAGAAGCUACUUUCCUAAACGAGUUUUACUGGGUUUUAAUCUUUGAAAAGAAAUUUUUCAAAACUGAAAGUGUCGCAUAAAUUAAAAAAUUAUCUUUUUAAAUUGGCAAAAUAUUUCUCAUCAAUAAAAAUUAUGCUCGAAAAAAAUGAGGUUCUCGUUUGGGGGGAGAUUGUUCACCACAAAAUUCACUGUAAGAAAACGCUGUUAACAUGAAUCUAUGAAUCUAACAUCUUUCCUAUUUAUGCAUCAUGUGCUCACAUAUUCUAGUAAUUGUACUGUAUAUUUGGCUUUUUCCACAUCAUUUCCCCCUCAUAUUACCCAUCUAUUAAUUGGCUCCCUGGGGAACUAGAUUUCAAAAGUCAAAGCCUAUUCUCUCUGCAAAUAUUUUUGAGGUCUUUUAAUUUCUCAUUUUAUGCCUGAUUUCAUUCAGGGUUGAGAUCUUCCUUUCUGCUUUUGUACAUGUUGCUCAUGUUUCCCAUUUAUUAGAAGAUCUCAAAUCAAACAUUCUUAUCAAAAGCUAAUUUUAAGUAUUGCAAAAAAUAAACUGGGAGAAGCGUGCACAGUUUCGCAUGUGACCCCACCCACAAGUUAAAACAGUUGCAUUUGGUCCCAGCCAAUAAAUGUAGUGGAAAGGGUACCAGCUGU